AUGUUGGGACUCCGCCCUUGGCAGGAAGAGCUCGGGUUGCAGGGCAGGCCGCGAGUGCCGCCGGGCCAACCCGGGGGUGGCGACGCCACCGCGCUCCUCCAACCCCGGAGUUCCCGCCCGCGUUCAGGGCUGGCUCAGCCUUGCUGCUGCUUUUGGCUGCUUUCUAGCCCCGGAAUGUUUUUUUACAGCAGGGAAGGGCAGUUUCUCUGUCCCUGUGCGGGUGGCCGACUCCCUGCGCCCUACAAGGGUUUGCAGAUUGCCACAGCACGUGACAUACACUACCCACUGGAUGGUAACACCUUUUUCAGUAAUUUAUGUUUUCUUCUUAAGCGCGUGUUUAAAUUCGUGGUCGGGGAGGGAGCUAAAUCAGUUAUAUCUUUUAAGAGCAAAAGUGGUUGUAUAGUUGACAGUGAAGCUGACCCACCCCUGACAAGAGUUCCACCAUCUGAGACAGGCCAGGAACUUGGCAAUACGAAUAUUGUCCCUGACACUAGAGGACAGGGAGAUCUGGAUCUUUCUUCUGUGGGGCAGGACCGGGCUCUGGCUGCCAGUGAAGAUAAUGAGGCCUUGGGAAGAAUUCCUCGUGAUUUUGACUCCUGUGAAUCUGGCUCGGAAGCUGAAAAACAGAACCAAGCCCUGGAAAUCAGCACAGAGGAACAAGAUAUUGAAGCCAACAAGCACAUACCUGAAAAAUCAGAAAACCUCCAGGGCAAUUUAAAAGGUGCGUGUGCCGGAGGGCAGUGGGUGGAGCUUCUCGGAUUCCGCAGGAAGUGCGGGGCCUCCCGGGGAGCUCCACACAUUUCUCCGCCUCAUCCUGGUUCCCCUCCAUGGCAUGCGGGUUCUUCCGUUUCCUCCGGUAGCUGGGCUACAAGCUGCAGAAGCAGUCCCGGCGGAGAGGAAAGGCCGCCUGGCAGGGGCGUGCGGCCACGAGGGAGGAGGAGCGCAGGGGACCGCGAGGCGGCUCCGCCUCCUCAUGGCGGCCUACCUCCCGUCCCCCCGCGCCAGCCGCUUCCCUCCCGCCCGGACCGCGCUCCGCCGGAGUCUGAGCCCACCCGCGGUCCUUCCGUGGAGACCCCGGCCCUAGAGCUGACGGCAGCCGCCCGGCUGUUGGUCUCUGGAGGACUUCUGUGGAGCCGGCCCUCCGGCCACGACUCCCGUCGACAGGACCAGGGAGAGCCCUGCCCUUUUAUCCUGGCAAAGGCUCUCCUAGAGAGUAUUGUUACUUUUGUACCUCUGCUACCUCGUGUUGAAAGCAUUUUCACCAACCUUCUGGAAAAACUCAGACAUCCAAAAGGUAUCACUCACUCAGCCAACCCUUCCUUCAUGUUGAGCUGCUCAGGAGAGCAAUGUCCAGACCAUCCAAGCUCUAUCCCCAGAAUACAGGGUCCUCUGAGGGAUCAGAUGAGACUGUUGAUUUCAGGUUCGGUGUCCACCUUGAGCAGAGGACUUCUGAGAACACUAAGUGGAGAUUCCACAACAAAAUCCUUCCUUGAGUUUCUCAGAGAAGGAAAUGGUUUGCCAGGUUUGGAGAGUUACCUAAAGAGAAGCAGAAGAGUGAAAGAAGCUGAAUUCUACUCUGAAAAAGUGAUGAAUCCUUCCUUGUGUUUCUUGGACCCUUUGGAAACGUGCUCUAUACAUUUCAGGGAUUCAUUACGUCCUGCCAUGGUCUUGGGAGGGGGCAGACAUGGGAUGGGGAUGUAAGUGACGGCCUUGGGAGGAGGCCACAGAGGGUAUUGUGAAGUCAUGGGUGGGGUGAGGUGAGGGGGAGCAGGCUUCAG